UGUUCAUCUUCCGAUCUCGUGUUCACUUGUUUUUACGAAUACAUGGUGGACGGUUCGUACAGAUUUUGUAAGUGAUCGACGAUAUUAUUUGUGCAUAGUGGAGAGUGAAGAAAAAACUUGGCUAUUAUUAUAAUAGCUUAUUCACGUUGAAUUGAGGAAUAAUCCUCGUGCCACGUGUCUACAUAACCUUUAUUUUAACCGCGGAAUAUUGGAUAUUUCCCGGUUUAAUACGACGAUUAGUGAGAAAGAGGAUAAAUAUAAAAAGUCUCUGCUCAUCAAUAUCAGCGAUAGUUAUAUAGAAAAUCGAGGAAUAAUCCUCGUACCACGUGUCUACAUAACCUUUAUUUUAACCGCGGAAUAUUGGAUUUUUCCCGGUUUAAUACGACGAUUAGUGAGAAAAAGGAUAAAUACAAAAAGUCUCUGCUCAUCAAUAUCAGCGAUAGUUAUAUAGAAAAUCGAGGAAAUAUUCUCGUGCCCCGUGUGUGCAUAACCUUGACCUUAACAGAUCGCGGAAUAUUGAAGUUUUCCCGGUUUAAUACGACGAUUAGUGAGAAAGAGGAUAUAUAUAAGAGUGUCUCUGCUCAUCGAUAUCAACGAUUGUUAUACAGAAAAUCGAGAUGAGAAUUGUAGCAGAACAGUUUUACGAGCAAUGGCUAACAUUGAUUUGAAGAUAGACACAUUAAUUGCUGAAAUGCGUAAUGUAACAAAAUUGAUGACGACAAAAACGACGGACAAAGAAAUCGAAAAUACUGAAAGUCAAACUUUGAAGGCCUAUCCUAUAUUAACGGAAGAUGAUUUAAUAAAAGAAGAACGACGUUUAUCGACUGACAUACUUCAUAAAAACAACUUAAUUAAGGACUUGGGUAUUUUUGUACAAGCGGACGUCAAAAGUACUGUAUUAAAACUAAUGCAGGAAAUAAUGAGCAAUGCAUUAGCUUCGAAUUAUAGUUUCCACGGAGCCCACAAAAAAAAAGCAUUUGAUAAACUGAAGCUUCUUGAUGUCAUAUCAAGUGUUGUCCGCUGCCGUUUUACAAAGUCUCUUGUUACCAAUAAACAUAUAAGCGAUCCAAUUAAAUCAUGGCUGCGUCAUGCCCCUGCGCGCUUUUCACGAGAACAAAAGAAAAUAACACAUGUUGCGAAUGAUUUGGAAAUCGUGGCCGAGGAUGAAAUCAAUGAAGUCGAUAAUGAAAACCAAGUUAAUACUGUGGCUAAUAACGCAGCUGAUAAAAAUAUUAAUGAGAAAAUAGUUGAUGAAAAUCUUCUAAAUAGUGAUGAAAAAAAUCUAAGGUAG